GGAAACCCCGUACUGACUUUCUGAAGGGACCCAAGAUGGCUGAAUGCUCACAGGGGGUGCAGUUAACAAUUAUCUAGAUAAGCAACAUGAUUGAAAUGAAUGACAAAUAAUGUUAGUAUGUGAAACAUAACAUUGGGGGAGUUAUACGAUUACAACUUGAUGGUCUGCCUCAUUUUGAAAUGCAAGGACACCCAGUAAGGAGAGAGACGGAUUUCUCCGCGGCCCGGAGCCAGAACAUGGCGGAACACUUGGGAAAGAAAUAGCUAGCUAGCAGCUAACGUAUUAUAGAGAGCCACAUAGCUGAUCGGAAACGUCGGGGGCAAUAUUGAACGACACUGGUUGCGGUUCGUAAACGGGCAAUAAUGUAACCGGUGUAACCGGUGUAUUUGUCGAUGUAUAAUAAUGUACUGUUUUCAUAAGAUGUUGAAUGUAGCUAGGCAGUUAGCCGACUAGCUAGCUAACGUGCUAGCUAGUUAGCUCCAGUAGAUAGCUAGCUAGCUAGCAUACAGCAAUUAUCUCAGUGUACUAUAGCUGAAGUCCUCUAACAUAGCCACACUAUUACACUGAAUGUUUCCCAUUCGAACAUAGUUUUCAUACGUAUUAUUUGGUCUAUGAUUGUACUGUUCGUGUAGUGUAGCUAAUUUCUGAAGGAGAAUGUGUAACUAGCUAGCUAGCAAACUGGUCUGCUAGACAGCGCGAGUUGACGCGUCGUAGCCUUUCUAGUCUGCGCGAGACAAGUUUUGUGGAAGACAGCUAGCAUCUGUAGCAAGCUACAAAUAGCGAACAGUGAUAACUAGCUAGAUAAUAUAGUUUCUGAACUCUACUUACUAAGUGGAUCUACAGUAGUUGAUCCUCACAACCACCAUACUAGGCAGUUGGUAGAGUUGGUGCGAGGUAAACAGAAAUCGGCUGGGGAAAGCGGUCACGACCACCUGCCAAAAUGACGGACACCCGCCGCCGAGUCAAAGUGUAUACGCUCAACGAGGACAGACAAUGGGACGACCGCGGCACGGGACACGUCUCCUCGGGCUAUGUAGAGAGGCUGAAAGGCAUGUCUCUGCUGGUGCGAGCGGAGAGCGAUGGUGAGUCAGGUUCCCUACUGCUGGAGUCGAAGAUUAACCCAAACACAGCCUACCAGAAACAACAGGACACGUUGAUAGUGUGGUCGGAGGCUGAGAACUAUGACCUGGCCCUCAGCUUCCAGGAGAAGGCCGGCUGCGAUGAGAUCUGGGAGAAAAUCUGUCAGGUCCAGGGCAAGGACCCGUCGGUGGACAUCACCCAGGAGCUGGUGGAUGAGUCGGAGGAGGAGCGCUUCGACGACAUGUCCUCCCCGGGGCUCGAGCUCCCGCCCUGCGAGCUGGGCCGCCUCGAGGAGCUCGCCGAACUUGUGGCCUCCUCCCUCCCUUCGCCCUUACGCCGUGAGAAACUGGCCCUGGCCGUGGAGAACGAGGGCUACAUCCGCAAGCUCCUGGAGCUCUUCCGCCAGUGUGAGGUCCUAGAAAACGCUGAUGGCCUCCACCACCUCUACGAGAUUGUCAAGGGCAUCUUCCUGCUGAACCGCACGGCCCUGUUCGAGGUCAUGUUCUCCGAGGAGUGCAUCAUGGACGUGAUUGGCUGCCUGGAGCACGACCCGGCGCUGGGGGCGGCGCCCCGCCGCCACCGUGACUUCCUCACUAAGACUGCCCGCUUCAAGGAGGUGAUCCCCAUUGGCGACCCUGAGCUGCGCGCCAAGAUCCACCAGACGUACCGCGUGCAGUACAUCCAGGACAUGGUGCUGCCCACGCCGUCGGUGUUCGAGGAGAACAUGCUCUCCACGUUGCACUCGUUUAUCUUCUUCAACAAGGUGGAGAUUGUGGGCAUGCUGCAGGAUGAUGAGAAGUUCCUGACCGACCUCUUUGCACAGCUCACAGACGAGUCCACAGACGACGACAAGCGAUACGAACUGGUAAACUUCCUGAAGGAGUUCUGCGCCUUCUCCCAGACGUUGCAACCUCAAAACAGAGAAGCCUUCUUCAAGACGCUGUCGAACAUGGGCGUUCUCCCUGCACUAGAGGUGGUACUGGGGAUGGAUGAUGUGCAGGUGCGCGGCGCGGCCACCGAUAUCUUCUCCUAUCUGGUGGAGUACAACCCCUCUAUGGUACGAGAGUUUGUCAUGCAGGAGUCCCAGCAGAAUGACGACGACAUUCUGCUGAUCAACCUGAUCAUCGAGCACAUGAUCUGUGACACGGACCCCGAGCUGGGUGGCGCCGUGCAGCUGAUGGGCCUGCUGCGCACCCUGGUGGACCCCGAGAACAUGCUGGCUACCGCCAACAAAACUGAGAAGACUGAGUUCCUGAGCUUCUUCUACAAGCACUGCAUGCACGUCCUCUCUGCUCCUCUGCUGGCCAACACCACGGACGACAAACUCAGCAAAGAUGACUUCCAGACGUCUCAGCUGUUGGCGCUGAUCCUGGAGCUGCUGACGUUCUGUGUGGAGCACCACACGUACCACAUCAAGAACUACAUCAUCAACAAGGACGUCUUGCGCCGGGUCCUGGUUCUCACCGCCUCGCAGCACGCCUUCCUGGCCCUUUGCGCGCUGCGCUUCAUGCGGCGGAUCAUCGGUCUGAAGGACGAGUUCUAUAACCGCUACAUCAUAAGGAACUUCCUGUUUGAGCCCGUGGUCAAGGCUUUCCUCAACAACGGUACCCGCUACAACCUCAUGAACUCGGCCAUCAUAGAGAUGUUUGAGUAUGUCCGCGUGGAGGAUGUGAAGUCCCUGACAGCCCAUAUAGUAGAGAACUACUGGAAGGCUCUGGAGGAUGUGAACUACGUUCAGACCUUUAAAGGACUGAAGCUGCGCUACGAACAGCAGAGGGAGAGGCAGGACAACCCCAAACUGGACAGCAUGCGGUCCAUCCUGAGGAACCACCGCUUCCGCCGGGACGCACGGACGUUGGACGACGACGAGGAGAUGUGGUUCAACGCGGACGAGGACGAGCUGGAGGACGGCGAGGCGGUGGUGCCCCCCUCGGACAACAAGACCACCAAGACUAGCGGCGCCGCGGAGAACGAAGACCUCAUGGACCCCAUCAGCAAGUUCAUGGAGAGGAAGAAACUGAAAGACUCAGACGACAAGGAAGUUCUGGGCAAGUCCAGUAGUCUGUCGGGCCGCCAGAGCCCCAGCUUCAAGCUGUCCUUCUCCGGCUCCACUACCAAGACCAGCCUGUCCAGCCCGCCCUCCUCCGCCUCGCUGCACCCCGGCUCGCCAGGCUCCCCAGGAUCGCCAGGGUCAGGGACCAAGGGCUCGCCCCCGACAGCAGUCACCACCAAGGGAGGUCUGGUGGGGCUGGUGGACUACCCCGACGACGACGAGGAGGAAGAGGACGGCGAGAGUAAAGAGGAGACUCCGCCCCUGUCCAAGAAGUCCAAGCUGAGCUCCUAAUAAUAAAAAUAAAAAAACGUUAAUAUUGUUCCUCUCUCCGAGCGCCAGACUAUUUUCCACCGAUCCCACGAUAGGCACAGAAAACUAACAAAAACUGUUAAAACCAUGAAUGACCCCACCCCCUUGGUUUUCAAUGGUGGCUCUUUUUGAGGAGUGGACUAUGAAUGGAAACGCGUCUCCUCGGACUAAUCCCAAUAUACAAGUGCCAAUCUGGAGGCCGUGGAGCUAGGAGCGAACGCAGCAAACGAACGGACAAGAGAGAAAGGCGUGGAGAAAAUACUAUUUCCGAUAUUGGCGUCAGAUAAAAGGGGCGGACUGACGAUUUCUAAUU